CAUAGAUUAGAGCAAUUAUAUAACUUUGUAUUGAAGAAGUAACUUUACCUUACAUUGAAUAAGUAACUAAUAAGAAAAAUAAUUGAUGAUGAUGGCUUCAUCAAAUGCAUUUUCAUCAUCAGAUCCACUUACUAUAGGAAGGGUGAUCGGAGAUGUAGUCGAUGAUUUCACAGAAACUGUGAAAAUGACAGUCACUUACAACAACAAGCAUGUCUACAAUGGCUAUGAGUUCUUCCCUUCUUCAGUUUCCACUAAACCUAGGGUUCAUAUUCAUGGAGGCGACUUGAGAUCCUCUUUCACUCUGAUUAUGACAGAUCCAGAUGUUCCUGGUCCUAGUGACCCAUACUUAAGAGAACACUUACACUGGAUGGUGACUGAUAUCCCAGGCACAACGGAUGCAACAUUUGGAAAGGAGGUGAUAAAGUAUGAGAUGCCAAAGCCAAACAUAGGAAUACAUAGAUUUGUUUUGGUGCUUUACAAGCAGAAGAGGAGGCAGACGGUGAACAAGAUUCCCAGUUCAAGGGACCUCUUCAACACAAGGAAAUUCGCAGUUGAAAAUGAUCUUGGCACUCCUGUGGCUGCUGUCUUCUUCAAUGCUCAAAGAGAAACCGCUUGCAGAAAGCGUUGAUCAGCUGAUCUUUAAAACAAAAUAAUCUUUUAUCUUAAGUGUGUGCAACUCAUGUAGUAGUGGCACUAUUAUGGUGUUUUACUUAUAUAUAAUAUGGUAUGGGAUCCGCCAAGAAUAAGUUUAAGACUGUUAAGGUUAUGGGUAUCCAUCUCCUAAAUAGCUGGCCUACCAUUAACUAACUAUUCUAGUAAGUAAGUUUCAUUAGUUUGCAUUGUAGUUUGCUAAUUAAGCUUUGUUUAAUUUUCAUUUUCUAAUUAGUUAAGUUUGAGACCUUACCUUUUCUGUCUAA